AGGCUGGCUGUGACCGGGAGGGCGCAGGUCCCAGCCAUCCCCUCGGGUGCGAUGUGCAGGGGCACUGCCCAGCCCCGGUGUCGGUCCCGCUCCGCAGCCGCGUUCCCUCCCACCGGCGGCGCCGAGGGAUGCUCACCCCCGGCGUGUCUGCCCGAGUCAGCUGCUCCUUGAUGUCAGAACCUGCUCGGGCUCGGCGGGAGCGGCACCGAGCGCAGCCGAGCCUCAGCCGCCGCUCCCCGGCUCUGGGAGGGCUCCCUCGUCCUCCCGCGUCCCGCCUGGGAAGCGCGGGGGCGCGGCCCGACCCUCCGCGGGGAAUUCGCCCAACUUUCUCCGUCCCGGCUCCCGGCACUCGCUGCUAUGGCCCCCGGCAACUCUUCCCGCAACUUCUCGGCGCCGGAGGCUCAGAACGGGUCAGUAGCAGAGAAGCCAGCACCACACACCAAUGUGAUCAUGCCCAGUCUCUUCAGCAUCAUCUGCUUCCUGGGCAUCAUGGGGAACCUCAUUGUGAUCUUCACUAUCGUCAAGAAGAAGAAGCUGAGAUGCAAACAGACUGUGCCUGAUAUUUUCAUCUUCAACCUCUCCAUCGUGGACCUCCUCUUCCUCUUGGGCAUGCCCUUUCUCAUCCACCAGCUCUUAGGCAACGGCUCGUGGUACUUUGGAGCUCCCCUGUGCACCAUCAUCACCGCCCUGGACACAAACAGCCAGAUCACCAGCACCAACAUCCUCACAGUGAUGACACUGGACCGUUACCUGGCCACCGUCUACCCCCUCAAGUCCACCUAUGUCCGGACGCCGUGUGUGGCGGCUCUUGUCAUCUGCCUGGUGUGGCUCCUGUCCUUCCUGACCAUCAUCCCCGUGUGGAUGUAUGCAGGCCUCAUGCCUCUGGAGGACGGGACAGUGCGCUGUGCUCUCCUGCUCCCGAACCCAGAGACUGACAUCUACUGGUUCACCCUCUACCAGUUCAUGCUGGCCUUUGCUGUGCCCUUGGUCAUCAUCUGCGUGGUCUAUUUCAAGAUCCUCCAGCACAUGGCCACCACCGUGGUCCCGCUGCCCCAGAGGAGUCUCCGGGUGCGUACCAAGAAGGUCACCCGAAUGGCAGUCGCCAUCUGUUCUGCCUUUUUUAUUUGCUGGGCUCCCUUCUACAUCCUCCAGCUCGUUCACCUGGGCAUCGACACCCCAUCCAUGGCCUUCUUUUACGCCUACAACUUCGCCAUUAGCUUGGGCUACGCCAACAGCUGCCUCAACCCCUUCCUCUACAUCGCCCUCAGCGAGACCUUCAAGCGCCAGUUCUUGGUGGCCAUUCGCCCUGCCAAAGAGCCCUGUCGCAACAGCAGCUCUGCCAACAACAACAGCAUGACAGAGGCCAGCGUGUGCCUGAAGCUGGCACCAGAAUCCACCCAGCAGACUCAGUUUCAGGAGGACUUUUCCCCACGCUCGCUGCCAGUGACUGUGGCUGUUCACUAGGGCAGAAGAAAGCCUCUGGAUCUGUGAUUUGAUGGAGGAGCAGCAGCUUCAGGCAGGUCUUGGAGAUGCCUAUGGACCACAAACUUCCACCUCCAAAAUGCAGGUGCCUCCUUUUUCCAUUACUCUGUUCCUGCACUGCUCCCAGCCUAUGACAUGCUGUGUGCUGCUGCUUUUCACCCUGCACAGGAGCACUCUGCCACCACUGGGCCCCCAAAGAGGAUGAAUGGAAAAGAGAAAAAGGACAGAAAGAGGAUUUCUGGAGGGAAUAUUCACCCUACAUGAGUAAAACCUCUAUCAACACUGCCCAAUAAUUCCUCACCUCUUGGCCCAAGAGUUCUAAGCAGCUUGUCAACAUAGAGCUUCUUCAUUCAAACCUUGAACCUUUGAACCACAAUGUCAUAUAUAUUUUUUUUAAUAAGUAAUCUGCAGACUUUGCUGGCAGUGCUGAUACCCUAGAAGCACACAGCAGAGAGACCUUGGGGACAGAAGUCUCACCCAGCCCUGUUGCUUUGCUUUUCAGUCCAGCCCCAUCUGCUUCCAGUGGGCUGUACUGUUUGGCAACCAAAACAUUUCAAGAACUGGCUCAUUUUGAUGCUAAUCCUAAAUAUUUCAAGCAAAAUAAGACACAUAAUAAUCACACUGCUUCAAGGGACUGCAAGGAAUUCUCAAAACUGCUGCUGCUAACACCAGCUUUGUGGGUUUUCACGCCAAUGAGCAGAUUGUCACAGUGCUAGCUCUUCAUGCCGCUCUUGUGCCUCAUGCACGGCCAUUGGGGAACCCCUGGCAGAAGGUUUUAAGCAGGACUAAAAAUCACCAUCUGUGGAGUGAGAAGCUGUGAAAAAGCAGCUCAGGGGAAGCAGAGUUGCUUAUGCAGCUUCCUCAAAAAUAACAAAUUCUUUACACAAAGUUAAAAGAGGGAAUAUUAAAUGUCUGUGUGUUGUAUAUGCAGCUUUAACAGUCGGAGGUUAGGAAGUAACUCUGCUCAUUAUAAAGUAGAGAAAAGACAGCAGAGAUCAGCUCAAAGCAGGGAUUACACCGACAGCCUGUGCUGGGCUCCACAGGGACCACGCAGGCAUUGUUCAGCACUUUGUCAGACAUGGAGGGCUGGUUACUGUAGAUGGAUUUAAUUUAAAGAAUUAAAAAGAUCAAACACUCCAAA